AUGGCCUUCUCUACGAUCCUCCAUCCUUCCUUCUCCUUAUUCGGUCGCAAAAACACUACCAGCAGGCGCCAUGGUGCGCAGUGCUGCUGCCUGGGGGAAAAACAUGCGCAGAAGCUGAAAGAGGCAAAACAACUGUUCACGAGGAGGCAGUACUCAGUGGCGAGAGAUGAUCAAGUGUUGAUGUCAUGUCCCGUCGAGACCUUGGUACUGAUCGAUGCUGUACAGCGGCUGGGGAUCGAUUACCACUUCCAGGAAACCAUCGGAGCUGUUCUUUACGAUGAGUUCUGUGCUACGGUGGCCGACCGGCGGCGAGAAGAUGGGCUUUUCGAGGUUUCCUUGAGCUUUCGGUUGUUAAGGCAGCAAGGUCAUCCCAUCCCUUCAGAUGUGUUUAACAAAUUCAAGAAUCAAGAGGGGAAGUUCCAGCCCAGGCUAUUAGGUCAUCAAAACGUGCAAGCACUAAUUCAACUGUACGAAGCUUCCCAGUGGAUGACACCUGGCGAAGACAUACUGCAUGAAGCCGGCGAAUUCAGCGCCCGUCGGCUACGUUCGUGGAUAGCCCCCAAUCCGUCGCAAUAUUAUUCCGUCGUUAAUGAUGUCAUUGGACUAUUGGCGACGGAAGAAGCCGUCGCCAAUGCGCUGAAACAUCCUUACCACAGGAGCAUACCAAGGCUGGUGAUUAAAGACUACUUGAGCAGCUUUGGGGCAACGAUUACAAGCAAGCGUCAGAGUCGCUACGUGGAGACUCUCAAAGAUCUGGCGAAGUUGGAUCUCAAAAUGAACCAGGCGGUGCAUCAGAAAGAACUUGACCAGCUUUCCAGGUGGUGGGAUGAGGUUGGUUUGGGGACGAGUGUUGGGCGAGAUCAACUGUUGGCUAAAGCUAGCGCAUGGCCUAAGGCAACCCUCGCAGGCCCCGAACUCUCGGAGUACAGGGUAGAGCUUGCCAAAAUCAUUUCCAUUGUCUACCUAAUCAACGACAUCUUCGACAUGUACGGUUCGCUUGACGACCUCGCACUCUUCACAGAAGCGAUGACCAGAUGGGAUACAGAUACAAUAGACAAAUUACCAGAGUGCAUGAGAUCGUGCUUCAUGGUUCUCUAUCGUACGACUAAUCAAAUCGGAUGCCAAGUUCACAGAAAACAUGGAUGGAGUCCCAUAAACUCGCUUAAACGAGCGUGGGGAAAAUUGUUCGAAGCAUUUCUAGUCGAAGCCAGAUGGUUGAGAACAGGAGAGUGCCCAAAAUCAGAUGAAUACUUGAGGACUGGAAUGGUGACUUCUGGAGCACCGUUGAUGCUGGUUCACUUCUUCUAUAUGUUGGGCACGGGCCUAACAGAAGAAAACGUGCGCCUAGUGGAUAGCGACGAACCGCCAUUGAUAUCACCCGUCGCCAAAAUUCUGCGCCUCUCCGACGACCUUUCAUCCAUGUACGAGGAAGACGUUGGAUACGACGAGUCGUACGUGGACUGCUACUUGAAGGAGAAUCCUGGUUUGUCGGUCCAUGAAGCUAGGAAGCACGUGGUGGACAUGAUUGAGGACACGUGGAAGCAACUGAACUAUGAGUAUCUGUCUCCUGCGGUACCUUUCCCCACGGGUUUCAUGAAGGUCGUCGUAGAUUCUGCCAAAAUGGUUCCUUUGAUGUAUGAAAUUGGAUUCAAAGGUGAUGAUCAGGAAUCUAAUGUGGAUAGUCUUCCAAGUCUCCAGGAGUAG